UUUUUCCAUUUAAUUUUAAUUUCUCUCUCUGUAUUUGUUUCAUUCGAAUCGAACCUUCACGCAUUAACCGUUGCGAAGUUCGCCGGAGAAUCGGGUAUGGCCACCGCUCUACGAUGAACACUUCAUAGGACACCAUGGCGGAGCAAACCAGCGCCGCCGUCAACGACGGCGAACCAGAACCGCGACAAAACGAACACCACCAAAACCACAACAACAACAAGAGCAACGACACCGACAACGAGAGGAGUACAUCAGAUCCAGAACUAUUCUGCUGUUUGCUUCAGCCAGCCACCGCCGAGGGCGAUCCCGAGUACAUCGGCAUUCGCCGCCUCCUCCUUUCUCGGAAGGCCGAGGCCGGCGUUCUCCGCCGCAGAGACUGGAGAUGCAAUGGCAAAACUUACGUGGCGUACCGGAAUUACAUAAGUAGGCCUAGGAACUGGGAAAGGGAUAGUUUACGCACCCCAAGUCUCCAGAGUACUCCAGGAAACAGUGGCCGAUGGUUUCCAUCUCCAACUCCACACGGGACCCGUUGGUCUGAGGUGGACAGCUUGAGUUCUGGGCGGGAUCUGCAAAAUGCAAAUCCAGUAUAUAAUCAUAGAACAAGUUUUGGCUCAAGUGUAAGUGAUUCUGAUCGUCCUAGACAUUGUGGGGUUGAGGCUGCCUAUUCUUUUGUUGGAAUGCAUUGCAUCUUUGAUCAGUGCAAAGCCUCUGUUACGGUGUUGAAGUUUGGGCACAUGAGUUCUGAUCUACUUGCUUAUGGGGCAUCAGAUGGAACCUUGACUGUGUGCAGUGUAUCUGAGAAUCCUUCAGUCAUCAAACAAUUAAACGGGCAUUCCAAAGAUGUAACAGAUUUUGAUUUUACAUCAAACAAUCAAUACAUUGCAUCGUCUUCAUUGGAUAAAACCGUGAGAGUAUGGGAGAUAGCAAAAGGUAUUUGCAUACGGGUGAUAUAUGGAGUCUCUUCACAAUUGUGUAUCCGUUUUCACCCUGUAAAUAACAACUUCCUUUCAGUAGGCAAUGCAAACAAAGAAAUCAAUGUGUUCAAUUUUAGCACUGGAAGGGUAAUUAAUAGAUCAAUAUUUGACAGUGAAGUUACCUCUAUGGACCAUGAUCAUACAGGACAUCUUUUAUUUUGUGGAGAUGCACAGGGAUGUAUAUACUCAGUAAAUAUGAACUCCCACACAGGUGUACUAUCUCGCUCUCAUCGUUACCGAAGUAGCAGCAGACACAAAUCUGCUGUCACAACAGUGCAAUAUCGGAGUUUCUCUCUACUGGCUCGGGGACCUGUGUUGUUGACUUGUACCCAGGAUGGAAACCUGUCUUUCUUCAGUGUGGCUUUGGAGAUAAAAGGUUAUUUAACUCUUAGAUGCUCGCUCAAAUUAGCUCCACGUAUACACAAAAUUCAAGCUUCUUUCUGUCCUCUUCUUUCCCUUGAAAAAGGAGAAUUCAUAGUUGCUGGAAGUGAGGACUCAAAUGUCUAUUUCUAUGAUUUAACGAAGCCAAAGAAUACAUGUGUGAACAAGCUACAGGGUCAUCGGUUUCCUGUAAUGGGUAUUGCCUGGAACCAUGGAGAAAACUUGUUGGCUUCAUCUGAUUUUUAUGGCAUAGUAAUUGUGUGGAAGAGAGAAAGAUCACAUCAAAAGCGAAAUACGUAACAACAGAGGUUUAAAGCGUUUAUAGUUGAGGACUAGUGAAGAUAGCUUUCUUUGCUUUGUUUUCCUUUUUCUUUCACUUUUACCAUUCUCCUUUUGUAUUUUUUUUGUGCUAUUAUUUUUUAUUUAUUUUUGCUGCAAUGUACUUUGUACCCAUGAAGUGAGAAUCAAUUAAUCACCCACAGCCUCACAGUAAACGGAGGAAAUUAUAUUCAAAAAGUGUUCUGUUUUGCGAGGAAGAAAAUGUAUUCUCAGACGUGAUAGGGAUUUUGUAUACGAAUUAUGAGGAAUAUAUUUUGGUUUGACAUUGUCCUCUAUGUAAUUUUGUACAAUCAAAGAAUAAGGAAUUUUUGUCUGAAUUAGCAUUUA